CACUGCGCGCCUGGCGAGGUGCUUCCGGUGACGUCAUCAGCCGGCGCCGGCGCUGGCACGACCUGCUAGCGGGGCUGGGGCUGAGGGGCGGCGCGGGUGCGCAGCGGCGCCGGGCCGGGGCCGGGGCCGGGGCCGGGGCUGGGGGGUCCUGAGGACAUGCAGCGCUGAGAGCGUCCCCUGGGCAGGGCCCGUGUGCCCGCGGUGGCCCCUGCGCCGGGCCGCGCCGCGGGAAGAUGCUGUUUUCCCUGCGGGAGCUGGUGCAAUGGCUGGGCUUCGCCACCUUCGAGAUCUUCCUGCACGUCCUGGCUCUGCUGGUCUUCUCCGUGCUCCUCGUCCUGAAGGUGGACAGCGAGGGCUCGGCGCUCCCCUGGUGGGCCGUGUUCAUCCCCUUCUUCGCCGCCGACGGCCUCAGCACUUACUUCACCACCAUCGUCUCCGUGCGGCUCUUCCAGGACGGGGAGAAGCGCCUGGCCGUGCUGCGGCUCUUCUGGAUCCUCACCAUCCUCAGCCUGAAGUUUGUUUUUGAGAUGCUCCUGUGUCAGAAGCUGGUGGAGCACACCCGGGAGCUGUGGUAUGGACUCAUCAUGUCGCCCGUCUUCAUCCUCCUCCAGCUGCUCAUGAUCCGAGCCUGCCGGGUGAACUGAUACUGAGGGGAAGGCUCCCAAAUGACUGCCUCUUACCCUGGGUAGGGCUGUGCCUGAGCCACCGGGGUGUCCUGAGCUCUGAGUUAGCUACCCUGGGCUUUUGCCCUUUUUUUGUUUUUGUGCAGAGUGAUAGAUGUUGCUAGGUUAUGCAGGUCUGGUGUUAUGAGAGGAAUGGUUUGUAAAUAGCCAGGUUCUUAUGUUGUAUAGCUUAGCAUUUCUUCAGAAGACCUUUUUAUACAGCAACAUUGAUUUCAGGUUCACUCAGCUCUUGAUGUUAAUGUUAAUAUAUCCUGACAUACAAGCGCUGUUUGACAUGCCAGUUAAUUUAAAAUAAAAAUGUACAGGUAGUGUAGUUUUAUUUAUAAAACUCUUUUUUCCCUGGAAAGUUUAUGUACUUAAAACUGCUGCCUGGAGAAUAAGAAUUAUCUGGAGGUUAGCUGUUUGUUGUAGAUAUCCUUGUAAGCCUCAAACUGCUAUUAGCCUUAAACAAAGAAGCUGUUAUCUUGCUUGCCCCGACCAGUCUGAGGCCAUGAUUUUAACAAUGUGUUUUCUUCGGUGACAAUACUGGUGUAAUAUAUUCCCGUUUUUCCUCUCACUUCCCUGAGCAAUACUUCAUGCCUUCAGUGUGCCAGCAAGAUUUUUCAUGAGGUCGUGCCGUGAGUCAGAAGGAACUGAUGUGUGCUUUUGAACAGAUAUGUAAUUCUUUUUCUUUGUGUUUCAGAUCCAUUCCUCAAAUAUAGUUAUAAGGGUGUUGGGAGGGCAAAGCACAGGGACAGAAGUAUGAACAGCUGAUGCUGCUUCUGAAGAUGGGUUUUCACUGAAUCACAGCUUUGGUGUGAAACGCUAUCCUCCAAUAUCUAGAAAUGACCCACCUUAAAUGAGGGUAGUUUAGUCUUUCUAGAGGAGUUAGAGAUAAGCAAGUUAACGUGAGUUUCACAAGGAACUGCUAAUGCAAAAGACACUUUAGUGUCAUUUAGCUCCUACCGUGAGGGUAUUCAGGACUAUAGAUCCCUUAUCUAUCUGUGAGGAAAAGAAUGAAUGUUACUUUGGUGCCCAGGUCCAGAGGACCCUUCUCCUUUUGACACUGGAUUUGAGAGACCUCUGUACUAUAAUGAUGAUGGCUGCAAGAAACAUUUCCCAGCAGUCGUGGGCUUCCCUUCCAACCUCAGCAGUGCUCUGUGACCCACCCCUGUCUUUGCCCCACCUACCUAACUCCUGGUAUCGUCACGUGUUCUCUGCUGCUCUCAGGUUACAUUUCAUGGAGAUAGGAUCUUGAAAUGGAGAAUGGCUGCAUACAUCACUGGAAUUCAGGAGAUGGAAUGUGACUGGCAGAGGAUGCCUUGAAGAAAGUUGAGAAUUGCCACAGGGGAGGACUUUAUCGUAAUCUAACAAAGUCAGGUGCUUCUCAAAUUGCGUUGAGCAGAUUUUUUCCGGCUUCAUAUCUGAAAUCUAGAAAAUCGGUAAUUACCUAGCCUCUUGUGUAACUUGUAUUUGCUUUUAGCCUUUUGGAAGCAUGCAGGUAAGAAAGAACCAAUUUCCCAA